AUGUCAACCGCGACAUCUUCCCCUCACUUUGAACAAGAAUGGGUUGAUGACCCAGGCAUCCCGCCCGACCAUUUUCGAUAUAUCCAAUCCCUGAACGAAUCGCCUGCAUGCUACACCCGCUUCUUCGACGCGCUGCUGAUCCAGAAACCAUCCCACAGCCAAUUCUUCCAUGACCUCAAAGCAUUCCGCGAGCAACCGGCCGUCAUCCGGCUCUUGCAGCAAGGCACCAAAGACGCCUACAGGAACUGCACGGGCGCAUUUGCCGCAUCUCAGUUCGCCCACUCAUGGUGUCACUCGGUCAGCGACUUGAAAUCCGGAUCGACACGGGGCAGUUGGACCGGCGCGACGAAGAAGGUGAGCCCCGAUGCCCAAAGGGAGGAGGAUCGGCUGCACCGUCUGCUGGUUCCGCUCUGGAUUGCCUUUCGACGGAGGAUGUUUCCUGAGCCGGAGGUCCUGGCCGAGUGGGUUGCAGGAGAGGAGCAGCGAAAGAAAGAUCGCAAGGCUCACCCUCCGGUCGGAAUGAGAACUGGAGGCGAAGACGAAGACGACGCUCACAAUGAAGCCGGAUCGGAUAUAAAAGCAGCCUCCCGGUCAUCCUCUGAGAGCGCUCCGGCAGGGUAUCCCGAACUCGGCUCCAAGACGACAUCUCUCAAUGCACCAUCGUCCUCGAAACCCGCUUCGAACCACUCGGAUUCCGGCGCCGGCGCUGCGGCUUCACAGUUGUUCCUCGGAGUUGCGGUGACAGGCUUCCUCAUGAGCGACAAGCGAAUCAGGAAAUACGUGGAGAAGAAACUGAACAAGAAGUAA